AUGUAUACGUGUGUUUUUAUUCGGGCGGCGCAGCGCCACGGCCACAGCCGACGAAAGCCCAACGCUUGGCAGCUGACGGCGGGGAGCACGCGGUACCGUCUCGCCUCGCCCCGGGGCGCGGCGCUCGCCUCUUGUCACCUCACCCAUCCAUUGCCUCCGCGGGCUCGUGGCCCGCACGCCCGGUCGCAGCGGGGCGAGACGGUCACCAAAGAGCGGCCCUGCUGUUUCAGCCGCUACGCGAGGGUCGCGGCGCGGACCGCGUUCGCGGUACUGAACAACAUUUACUGCAUACCCGCCUACGUGGUGUGGAUGAUGGCGCUGCGCCUCGUCAGACCCGUUUUCGCCCCCCUCUACUGGAAGGUGGAAGGCCUGCUGUACCACUGGCUGCUGGCAAUGGUGUCUCUUUGGGCCUGGACUGCGGGAUACGAGCUGCUAGAAAGUGGCGACGACCCCGCAGCAUGCUCCAAUCGGCGCACAUUGGUGCUAUCCAACCACCAGAGCACCGCGGACGUGCCAAUCCUGAUGGCGGCGUGGAACCCGCGCCCUGGCGUCCUCGCGAAUCUCAUGUGGAUCAUGGACAGGGUCUUCAAAUUUACCAACUUUGGCAUCGUCAGCGUCUUGCACAAAGAUUUCUUCAUACAAGCGGGCAAAGCGAAAAGGGACCAGUCAUUGGAAGAGCUCCGGGAACACAUCCAUCGAUACUACAUGCCUUUGGGCAGGCAGUUUAUGGUGCUGUUCCCUGAGGGCGGGUUCCUGCACAAAAGGAGGGAGGUUAGCCAAAGGUUUGCAGAAAAGAACAAUUUACCGAAACUGGAAUAUGUUUCGUUGCCAAGAGCUGGUGCAAUGAAAGUCAUAAUGGAAGAAAUCGGACCUCGUAGAGAUGAAGGAGCUAGCACAUCCAAAGAGAAUUCUAAAAAAGACAACAACUUUAACCAGAACAACUUAAAUAAUAUAAUCGUGGACACAAAAGCUGGUGAUAGUAUAGAAUGGAUACUGGACGUGACCAUCGCUUAUCCUGAUAGGAUCCCGCUGCAUUUGCAAGAUAUUGUGUGCGGCACCCGCCCGCCCUGUGCCAUCAACCUGCAUUACAGAUUGUACCCAAGUAACGAGGUUCCAGCCGAUACUGAAGGGAUGACUCAAUGGCUCUAUAAUAGGUUCAUAGAGAAGGACAAAAUGUUAGAAGAGUUUUACCGCACUGAUUUUAAAGAAUGUACUGUUGUGUUUUGA